UGCUCACAGAUCAGGCUUUUUAUCAUCGCCAUCAUCACUGCUGUCAUUGCUGGAUUCACUUACAUCUGGUUCCGAUGACGUCACUAUGGGAAGAGGAAUUAAAGAGGGUUUAUUUAGUUGUAAUCCCUCGUAGCAAUCGGCGGACAGAGUGAAAUGUCCCAUAGAGGCAAGAGAUAAACCCCUUCUGGAUUAGUCCCACCCCCAUUGCAACAUCUAACCCAACCUAUAUCCUCCUUUUUUUCCUUUUACUUUGUUAACGUUGAGUCCCCAUCUUGUGCAUCAUCCAGCUGGUGUUCUUGUGAUGCACUAGCUGUGGGGUGUAUGCAUGUAGUAGUGCUUUGGUGUUUAUAUUUGGUGUCCUCUUUCCUCGUGCACAACAAGCCAGCAUGACCGGAGAUUAAUUAUUCAUGGACUGACAGCCCAAAGAGGAGCCACCUGAUAACAGGGACGUACAGUAUUACAACUUGCGAUCAGGUGAAACGAUAGAUCCUGCUGCUUCCUUUUCUCCUGUAAUUCAACUUCUGCUGAAAGUACACAGGGGGAUUUAAAAGGCACAUUUUCUGCAAGUGGAUUAUUCCUGAUUUUUUUCUUCAGACCUUCUAGACUUUCUUUAAUUCUUUUUUCUUUUUUGCCAAUGCUUGUCCCCAACAAACAGGUGAGUCUUGGUCGCUCCCACAGUUGGGACACAUUAGGGGGGAAUGAGGGUCAGUGGGACAGGGCUGAGGGUGUUUACGAGCAACAGGCAAGAGUAGCUGGACGACGGAGCUCUCUUUCAUACGGAGAGGGGGGAGGUUGGUACGAGACUUCAUCAGGCGUACGCCCACCUGAACUGGAAUUGAAACGGGAUCCAUAUUCGUACCAAGAGUACGGGCAGCUUUAUGCAGAACGCCACGACUCUCGAAUGAGAAAAGGCUCUGCUCCGGAUUUAAACCAAUACGAACGACCACCAAUGGCUCACCGAGGCUCCAUUCCACAUCAGGACUACUAUCCCCACGAUCCUGCAAUGACUCCAAGGCCACCGGAAGGUUAUUAUCGGGCUGAACAUCAGGCUCCACCAUCUCACCCUCAUCCACUCAGUAGGUCUGGCUCUCAUCUUGGUAUGGCGACUGGAACCCGUGCUGCGUGGGAUCAAAGUCAGGGAGGGAGACCAGGACCACAAGCCCCUCCAUCACCUCUCCCUGCUCCUCCCCCACCUCCCACAGCUCAUGAGCUCAACCGGGUUUAUAGGGAACCUGCUACAACAAAGAUGAUGGCAGAUGGUCAACAACGCAUUCCAUCGCGUGCGGCAUCUCCUGCUCAUUAUGGCAUGGAGCAUCCAUCUCCUCGAUAUGGAAGUGAGCCACCUCUUACUGGUCAGUCUGUCUAUACAGACAUUAAUGGCCGUCCCAUGGAUGCACAGCAACAGGCAGCAACCUGUCUAGUUAUUGACCCUGCAAGCCAGGGCAUGAUUAUGAGGCAAGAGACAGCCUCACCAUAUACCAUUCAGCAGCAGCAACUUCAACAGCAGCAACAGUUGCAACAGCAAAUACAGCAGCAACAGCAGCAGCAAAUACAACAACAACAACUCCAACAGCAACAACUACAGCAACUGCAACAACAGCAAUUACAGCAGCAACAAUUGCAACAGCAACAGUUACAGCAACAGCAGAUUCAGCAGGAUCAAUUGCAACAGCAACUACAGCAACAGCCACUGCCUGCUCCCUCAGCCAUUGCUGUUGCUGACCCUAGCUUGUCUUUGGGGCCACAAAUUCCUCCUCAAGCUGCACCAGUGCAAACAGCUGUGGUCCCAGUUGUGCCGGCCUCUGUUCAAGUUGCGCCACCUCCAGCCCAACCACCGCCUGUAACUGCUCUCCCCGCUCCGCUUCCUGCUCCAGUUCCCACCGUCCCACAGACACCUGUGCCUGUGGACCCCAAGAAGAACGUGGAUCCAGAGUUUCUAGCUCUUCUAAGAAAUGAAGGCCUCUCAGAGAGCACCAUUUCCUCGCUCAUCCAACAAGGCUUUGACUCCUCUAGCAUGCUGGCUGUUAUGGAGGAGAAUGAUGUCCGCACUGUUGCACCAAAUCUUGGUCAGGCCCGUGUACUUUCUCGUCUGGUACACAACUGCAAGCGUCCAGUUGAAGCCACCCCAGCACCUUCUCAGCCACAGACACCAAUGAGGGGAAGAUCGAACAGCUUUAGCCAUCGCUCUGACAUUUAUCACAAUCAGCAUCCUCACCAUCCACCACAUCCACCGCAAGCUUUGGCUGUUGACCCCCAAGUGAUGCCCCCACAGACCCCUGGGGCUAUGCAAACCAUUUCCCCCCGUGUGGGAGAGUUAAUGGGGAGAAGACCCAGUAGUGCACCUUCUCAGCAACUGCUCGAGGCCUCAGGAGGAUAUAUUGGCCAUCCACCACGAACACCCGGCCCAUAUGUUGGAACGAUCAUGCCUGUACACUCAAGACCUACUUCGGCAUAUUCCUCUGGAGUUCAAGGAAUGCCCUCUCAGGGUAUGCAGAUAAUGUCACAACAGAUGACCGGGUCAAUGCCCGCAAUCCCAGGUUCUUUCCACGCCCUGCCAGGUAUGCCUCAGCAGAUGCCUGUGUCCAUGCCAGCUUUGCCACCGCCCUCACAACAGGUGCCCAAGGCGUACUCUACCAACUACACAGUGCCCAUGGAGCUAAUGAAGAGGGAUAGGAGCUUACUGCCAUUAUCACCAAUGCACAGUCCGCAUGCCAGUCCACAGCUAAUGCGAAAAGGACCAGCACCGGACAAUGCCCUUGUUCCUGUCGGAGCUCCCAGUCAAGGCCAAAGUGCAUUGAUGGCUAAUCAGAAGCUGUCUCGCCGGACAGGACCACCGGUCAUCGUGUCAACUAUGGCUUCUCCAGAUACAAGUAUUCGGCCCCAGAUUAUGAAUGGGCCUAUGCACCCGCGCCCCCUUGUGGCGCUGCUGGACGGGCGCGACUGCACCGUGGAGAUGCCCAUCCUGAAAGACCUGGCUACUGUGGCCUUCUGCGACGCCCAGUCCACACAGGAGAUACACGAGAAGGUGCUGAACGAGGCGGUGGGUGCCAUGAUGUACCACACCAUCACUCUGACCAGAGAAGACCUGGAGAAAUUCAAAGCGCUGCGCAUCAUCAUCCGCAUUGGCAGUGGCUAUGAUAACAUUGACAUCAAGGCUGCCGGCGAACUCGGCAUUGCGGUUUGUAAUAUCCCAUCAGCGGCGGUUGAAGAGACAGCCGACUCAACUCUGUGUCACAUUCUCAACUUGUACCGAAGAAAUACUUGGCUGUACCAGGCUCUCCGUGAGGGCACGCGGGUCCAGAGUGUGGAGCAGAUCCGAGAGGUGGCAUCAGGGGCCGCCAGGAUCCGAGGAGAGACGCUUGGUCUCAUCGGGUUUGGUCGCUCGGGUCAGGCGGUGUCAAUGCGGGCAAAGGCUUUUGGCUUCAACGUCAUCUUCUACGACCCGUACCUCCAGGACGGCCUGGAGCGCUCACUCGGCGUCCAGCGCGUCUACACGCUCCAAGAUCUUCUAUACCAGAGCGACUGCGUGUCUCUGCACUGCAACCUGAAUGAACACAACCAUCAUCUCAUCAACGACUUCACCAUCAAACAGAUGCGUCAAGGAGCGUUCCUGGUCAACGCGGCCAGGGGGGGUCUGGUGGACGAGAAGGCCCUGGCUCAGGCACUGAAAGAAGGAAGGAUACGAGGGGCAGCGCUGGACGUCCACGAGUCUGAGCCUUUCAGCUUCUCCCAAGGGCCCCUGAAAGAUGCCCCAAACUUAAUCUGCACCCCUCACACAGCCUGGUACAGCGAACAGGCCUCACUGGAGAUGAGAGAAGCUGCCGCAACAGAAAUACGGAGAGCCAUCACUGGUCGUAUUCCUGACAGCCUCCGAAACUGUGUCAACAAGGAGUUCUUUAUCAACUCCACACCCUGGGGAGUCAUGGAGCAGCAGCAGCAGAUGCACCCAGAGAUCAACGGCGCGGCCUACAGGUUUCCUCCCGGCGUGGUAGGCGUCGCCCCGGGUGGGAUUCCUGGGCCAAUGGAGGGGCUGCUUCCCGGAGGAGUCCCCAUCGCUCACACCCUCCCACCAGGCACCCAUCCGUCACAGGCCAUCUCCCCGAACCAACCGUCCAAACAUGGCGACCACAUGAGAGAGCACAUGACUGAGCCGUAAUUCUCCAGCGGAAUUCUGGAUUCUCUCUCUCUCUUUUUUUUUUUUUUUUGUGGAUCAGUGAGUGAGGACGCUGAGGAGACGCCACGCAGCAACAGGACAGUCUAAGAUCCCUCCUUCUACCAUGUCUGUUUUCGUUGUAUUCAUUUUUACCUCCUGAGGAUAGUUGACGGUGCGUCGUCCCAUGAACUCCACGGACACGUUGACAUUUUUCCACGUGGCGAACGGAAUUCCGAUUCUUCAAACGACCUCUCAAACUCGGCUCUGUCGCUUCUCCUUGUCAAGUUUCACCUCGAAAUGUUUCUGUUUCUGAUUGUGAGUGUACUAUAUUGUUUUGCAAGUGAACGAAAGUUAAUUCAUCAUAAUCAUCGUUGCUGAAAAUGUUGAAUGUAGAAUGCUAUGUACUGCUCCUGGAAGAAAUGCUUUUUUUUGUUUGCUUGUUUUUUUUUUAAGAUCAAUAUGACCCUUCAAUACUGAAAAGAAAAGUGUAGCUAGAAGUGGUGUUUUUUUGGCACUUAAAUAAUUGACAUUAUAUUUUUUGUUUUUCUUUUAAAUAAAUUUGAAAGAAUUGAGAUUCAUGUGAGAUUAAAAAAACGCAUUGAUAUGAUUUUUAUAAUUGAAAUAUUACUAUUAUUGUUACAUUAUUGUUGUUUUGAUCUUCAGAAAAAAAGACCUACAUUUUAAUGAUUUAACCAAAUAUUGCAUAAACAUGACAAUAUUACAGCAUUUCCUUUAGAUAUUCUGGACAAUGCUUUAUUACAAAUAAAAGCCUGAAUAAAAAAAAUAUUUGAAAUUCAAUAAAUUCAAGAGAAAAAAGAGCUAGCAUCUAAAAUUCAUUUCAUUUUGGGAGGAAAACAAUAGUUAGUAAAAUAAAAAUGAAUCUCAUUAAUUCAAACAAUCCCUUUCAGGUCUCAGUAUAAGUGAAAAACAACAACAAGACAAACAUGAAUUACUUCAUUUACCCUAUUUUCUUUUGUAUAUUUUAAAGUAUCUAUAUCAAAUGUAUGUUCUGUUGAUGUUCAAUGUUUUCCUGUCUGUUAGAUUUGUACUCUCCUUGUCGAGUGUUCAGGUGAUCAUUGUCUUGAGUGAGCGUCCUGUUUUCCUCCUCCACACUCCUCUUCUUCUCUUCAUUUUCUCUGCUCUAAUGGAACCCUCCGGCGCCACAGGCUGACCCGUCAUCCCUGCUCGUACCCGACACGUUAGCGAGAGGAAGCUGCUAGCAAAUGGUUUCUAGUGUGAGUGUUUGUAUUUGUUUUCUUGUACAAGGUGAACGUUUAGCAUUACAGUGCAGCUGGAAACAAUAAAUAAAACCAACAGUUCUGAUUGAUGAUAAACAGUGUGCAUGUUUGCUUCAACUGUCAAAUUCGCACAUCAAUAUUGAAAUCUCUUACCUUCAGGGUUGUGUUUCAGUUCCCUCUGAAUGAGUGUCACCUCCUUCUCUCCUUCCUUGUACAGAAGCCUUUCAAGCAAAAGAAAAUUAUAAUUUCAUCUAUGUUCAAAAGCAAACUAAAAACAAUGAGUAAGUGCUUUGCAAAAUAAAAGUCACAUCAGGGAGGACUUUCUGUGGAUGAUGAUGUUUGCUGAUGAUAUUGUUGAAACGGACUGAAGGAAAACCUUAAGGGGACUGUAAAUAAGAGGAGGCAGGAGGAAGAUCAUCAAUCAUCCAAGAACAGUGGACAGAGCUGAAGGAAGAAGCGAGUGCAGGCCGGGUGGAGACAAGUGGCCCCGGUGAUCUGCGACAGAAGAGUAUCGGGAGAGUGACAGGGAAGCUGUGGCGGAAGUGAAUGUGUUGAGGUUCUUGGUGGGAGAGAAAAUAAAGGAGGAGACCUUAGCAGAUAGGACGUUGAAUCCACGCAGAAAAGGGUCAGAUCAUUUGCAAACAUGUUUAGCAGAGAUGUGACAUAAACAACAAAGGAUGUUGGAGAUGGAAAUACCAUGUAUAAAAAAAAAAAAAAAAGAACUUUAUAGUAAUUGAGGAGGAUAUGUGUGACUAUGGAAGAUGCAAAGGA